CAACAUGAAGUCAAAGGAACACAGCAGACAGGUCCGGGAAUAAAGUGGUAGAGAAGUUAGGUUAGAUUUCCAAGCUUGGAACAUCUUGUAGAGCAAUGUUCAAUCCAUCAUCGGUGAAUGGAAGGAGGCCAAAAAUCAAAAGCAACCAAGAGUGGUAGCUUUGGAGCAGCUGCAGAGAUCCACAGCUCAGGUGGGACUGCUAAAAGUUUUGCGCUUUACAAACCAAAGACAACCAAUGUUGAAAAGAAGCCGUAAGAUAUUCUGUUUGCUGAUUUCCACAAAAUAAAGCAAACAUGGAAGAAGGUGCUCCUGUCAGAUGAGACCAAAGUGUGGCGGAAAACUUAAAACCACACAUUGGCAUGAACACACUGUCCCAGAGUGAAACGUGGUGGCAACAUUGUACUGCAGGAAUCCUGCAGAAAUAGGGAAGCUGGUUAAAUUUGAUGUUAAAAUAAUUCAACUUAACAGAAAACUUUACAGAAGGCCGCAAAAGACUUAAGACAGGUGGAGGUUCAACUUGCAGCAGUCCAGUGGCACUAAGCAUACAACAAGAUCUACAAUGAUCAUUGUGUUAGAAUGACCUGCAUCUAAUCGAUAAUUUGCAUUAAGAUUUACAAAUUGCCCCGUCCAGUCUGACCAAGACCAAGGAGAGUGUGCAACUAUUUCAGACUUAAAAUUGGCCAAAUUGGCAGAGAUAUAGAAAACAUUUGUAGCUGUAAUUUAGGCAAAAGGUGAAUCUACAAAAGUACACAUUCAAGGGGGCUGAAUACAACUGUUUGUCAUUCUUACUUUAGCACUUUUGCAAGGAUCUGUGUCUUUGUAUCAGAACAUGUGUUUAAAGCUGGUGAAGGUCCCUGUUUUGAUUUUUUUGGAGUGAAAACGUUGAGGGAGAAAUAAAGUUACGACAAAGACGCCAGCAGUGUGAUCCUAUUGAUGUUCUGCAGGAGUCUGUGCAGCUGAAACCUAAGCUCAGGAACAUGUCAGACUGUGCAAACUAUUCUGAGCAUCGGCUGCUGAUGGCGGACUGAGGGGUGGGUGUUAGGGUUCAGAUGCGCCUAUACAAGAACUAUCAAUAAGAACUUAUAGCCACUAAGAACACAGUUUGAAUACGGUUCUUUUACCAAAAGAAAACAAACACACUUGAACACCAGCAUGUUGCUCAGUUUUACAGUUCAUGACUUCUCUGGUCAGACCCUGCUUGGGAGUUUUGUUUUAAAUGCUCCAGACGUUUCUAAGUCAUGUUUGGUUCAUGUGAAGGUAGAUUGCUAGGAGCUGUAGUGACCUUGGGACAGUUUGCUGAGGGCAGGACAUUAAUUCCUGAAGGGACACAUGGUCUGGAGUGACAAGGCCAUCUGCUGGAGCAGCAGCAGGAGGAAGGUGGAGUGGGGUGGUUGGUCGAAGGGGGUGCUAAGAAUUCCUUUUGCUGGGGUGUAGAGGGAGCAGAUAUUCUGGGAAACCUUUGCCAGCACUCAACUGGGAUACUUGUUUCUUUUAUGUUUUUCAACGGAAUUUAAACUGAGACUUUUCUGCACUUCUGAGGUCACAUAGGAUCAGUAUUCCAGCUCCUUGCAAGGCGUUUUGUGAUAAUGUUCUUGAUGUGCCACCACUCUUCCUUUCUGGAUCCAGUUUACACUCCGAUGCGGCUUGGCCGCAGCUGAUAGAGCGGGAUCUGGUACCAAUCUUUCUGAGGGGAUCAUCUACAAGGAAUCUUCUUUGGCGUUGUGCAGUUCAACAGGAAGGAUUUGCUUUCUUCCUGCCUUGCUGAUACUGCAUGGCCUAAGCGAAUGAAUAUUUUUACACUACGCAUUGCACCAGAAAUGGGCCAGGACCAAACAAAGCAGCAGAUAGAGAAGGGCCUGAGGUUGUACCAGUCCAAUCAGACGGACAAAGCCCUGCAUGUGUGGACAAAAGUGCUGGAAAAGACCUCGGAUCCUGGGGGGAAAUUUCGAGUCCUUGGGUGCCUGAUCACAGCCCACUCAGAAAUGGGAAAGUACAAAGAUAUGCUAAAGUACGCCCUUGAACAGAUUGACACAGCUCGAGAAAUGGAGGACCCAGACUACCUAACUGAAGGCUACCUGAACUUGGCACGCAGCAACGAGAAGCUGUGCGACUUCCAGAAGACGGUGUCCUACUGCAAGACCUGUUUAAAUAUGCAGGGAACCACUGUGAGCCUGCAGCUCAACGGCCAAGUGUGUUUGAGCAUGGGCAACGCCUACUUGGGCCUCAGCGUCUUCCAGAAGGCCCUGGAGAGCUACGAGAAGGCGCUGCGCUAUGCACACAACAACGAUGACAAGAUGCUGGAGUGCAGAGUCUGCUGCAGUCUGGGAAACAUCUAUGUUCAUCUGAAGGACUAUGAGAAAGCACUGUUCUUCCCCUGCAAGGCAGCUGAGCUCGUCAACGACUAUGGCAAAAGCUGGAGCCUCAAGUAUCGUGCCAUGAGCCAGUUCCACAUGUCUGUGGCCUACAGGAAGCUGGAUCGUCUGGCUGACGCCAUGGAGUGCUGCGAGGAAUCCAUGAAGAUUGCUCUGCAACAUGGCGACCGGCCCCUGCAAGCUCUGUGCUUACUAAACUUUGCAGACAUACACCGCUGCAGGCAUGAUGUUAAUAAAGCAUUCCCUCGUUACGAGUCUGCAUUGGGUAUUAUGACAGAGAUUGGAAACCGUCUGGGACAAACGCACGUCUACCUGGGUGUUGCUAAAUGUUGGCUUCUACAGAAAGAAUUUGAAAAGGCCCUCGAAUCUUUGGAGCGAGCACAGGAACUUGCAGAUGGAAUGGGAAACAAGCUGAGCACCCUGAAGGUUCACUGCCUGCGUGAGGGCAUCUACCGGAACAACAAGCAACAGGAGGAGCUCCGAGAGCAGGUGGUGAAGUUCCUGCAGUGCGUCGAGGAGCUGGAGCUCUACUGCGGCAUGUGUGGGGAGUCCAUCGGGGACAGGGACCAAAAGCUGCAGGCGUUACCCUGUUCCCACAUUUUCCAUCUCAAGUGUCUGCAGACGAAUGGGACGAAGGGUUGCCCUAAGUGUUUCAAAUCCUCCAUCAAGCCAGGAUUUGUGUGACUGCCACCGUCUGUUUGCAUGUUGGUUCUGCAGACACGGCAUGAUGCCUCAAAGGCUUUGGACCGAUGAGAAGGUAGCAAGCAGCCAAAGGACGGGCUGAAUUUCACAAAGGCGCAAACGUUUGCUCCUCUGCACACAGAGCAGCUACUCCGAACCAAGAGUGUCCCAAGUCUGUGGCUCACAAAUCCUGAUCAGGGCCUCAGCCUCAUUUAGACAUCAGUCUCAGUCCAUCAGAGGAGAUAGUGUAUAACUUACAUCGUUAAAUUGUGAGAAAAAUCAGAUGGAGUAGACAUCUGUUGCAACAUAUACACAAGAUAAGGACCGCCAACAUCAACUUAUUUGUGUACUGGCUGUUAUAUGCAUAAGAACCAUUUAAAAACAAUGAGAUUAACUCAUUUUUGGAAGAAUAGGUUGAUAUCUAAAAACAGUGCAUAUUGUCUGAAUUCACCUCAGUCUUUUUUAUAGCAACUGUUUUUCACACAACAGCAAAGCUUUUACUAUUGUUUUUUAAUGUACAUAAUGUUCUCAUGUCAUUUUCUGGUCAACAUUUGAUUCAUUCAAUGUAUUUUUUGUAAAACUAACUAAAGUCUCUUAACCAUUGAAAAACUAGUAUGUCUUUACAAAACAGGUUAAAGCAGCUGUAUUGUUAUUAUUCAUUUCUUUAUUUGUAGAGGGGGAAAAUGACUUUUGAUCAGUCAUGUACACAGCUUCUUGGGUGAGGUGUAAAGUUUCAGUUUAAUUCAUUGUUGGUUUUUUAUAUCAUUGGUUGUAUUUUACUUGCAAAGGCCAUUUUUAGAUCGAUGAAGCCAGAAAAACAAACAAACAAAGGGCUUUUUUAAAUCAGCAAAAUAGGUAAGCAACUAAACUUAUUUAUUUAUUUAUUUCACUGUUUAUUAGAGUAUUUCUUAAUAGUUUUUGAGAUUUACCAUUGAUAUUCCAUGUAAAUGAUUUACUUUUAGCUUUAUUGUUAUAUUUAGGAGGACAUUUUUUUUAGUUUGUAUAUUGUGCUUUAUUUGCAGCCAGGUUUCUUUAAAAUCUGGUAUUUCGGAGACUGCGCACUGAAAGUAGGUUAUCUGCCACUGCAGCUAUUUACUAUCAAAACUUUAGAUUUUAAUUUAUAGGGCUCCUACGCAGUCUGAAAAAAAUGAAAAAGAAUCAAAUUUGAUUUCAGUAUUUUCCAGGUCUGGAUGACAAGGAAAAAUAACAUGGAAAAAGUGAAAAAAUAGGUGUAUUUACAAACAUUUUUCUGUUUCAUUGUUUAAAUGUUAUGUCCUCUCAUCCAUCCAUCCAUCCUUCUUCCCUCCCUCCCUUCCGAACGUCCUUCUAUACUUCUGUCUUUGCCUUUCUCACAUCCCUUAUACCCUAACUCAUUUCCCUCCUUGUGCCCUACCUCCCUUCUUUAUGUCUUUCCUUUCUUUUGUCCCUCUAUCCUUUCAGCCUUUUUCCCCUCCUCUUCUCUUUCGAUCUUGUGUUCUUCCUUCCUUUGUAUUUUCUGUUCUGUGCAUAAAGCCUGCUCAUUGUAGAAAUGUCUGAUAUAAAUUCAAGGUUACAUUUUAGUAUUUUAUAUUUUAAAAUCAGAGUAAAGGACUGAGGACUCUGGGAAGCUGAGUCUGGAAAGGUCUGUAAUUUUUAGAUGAAAAAUGUGUAGAAACCGUUAAAUUAACGUUUUUUGUCUUUAUUUUACAAACUGUACAGCAUAAGGAAGGGGGAAAUUAGUCAAAUUACUAACUAAAUUACCAUCAUUGCACAACAACGUGUAUGUCUGGAUUACAGGAAGCUGACUUCCCCUCUGAAAGCCAACUGGUUCUUGUUUGAUGUCUAACAAAACCCCGAUGACUCAUUGUUUGUGUACCUGCUAAGACCGAUUAUAUUCAAGGUUACUGCUCCAGAAAAUAGAGAUUUUCCCACCAGUUUCUUUAACAAUGUAAACUACCUCUGUUUUUGCCUCCAGUCUUUGAAAACAACAGCAGCGAUGUUUCUGUUAGGUUUUUCUAGUCAUAAUGAGUUAUUUUUAGUCAAUGUUACUGUGUCUCAUAUGGAAGUGUUUCAUUUUUGAAAAUAAAGGGCAGUUACAGUGAA